AUGAGCAGCUAUCCUCGCAGGAGCGCCCGGAUAUCACAUCUUCAACAAGAACAAGUCCAGCAUAGCACUGCGACUCAUUCGCCUAUGUUUGCAAGCAACUUAUCUCAAUCCUCGAGUGCGUCAACAAGUUCUCAUCCGAGUCCCGUUGCCGACGGUCUUCAUCCUCCUCCGCCACCGCCGACCCCCCAGCCAGCGCAUCCUCACCUUCAACUACCACCGCACCUUAUGCCUUAUUACCACCAACAGCAGCAGCAGCAGCAGACACAAAUCCACGCACCGUUACCUUCACCUUCAGCAGCAGAAACAGAGCCCUUCUUCGGUCGUCCUCUCUCCCAACCUAAUCCAUACCUUUCGCAACAAAUGAAUUUCAACUACGCCAACCAGCAACGCCAGCAGCCGCAGCAGCCCUUCGGGAACCAGCAGCAGCCUCAAAUGGCACAACAACAUCAGUUACAUCCUCAUACAAACUCCAUGUCGCAGGAGCAUCCUGCUCACGGCCACUCUGGUAUGAAUCCGGGCCAAUUGCCACCAAAUUUUCUAGCCGAGGCUGCAAAACGUGCCCAGAUGGCCUGCCUGAUGCGAGAUCUGGGGGAUGUGUCUUUAUGA